UUUUUCUCGAUCCAGCAAGGCAUGCGUCCUCUAGCACAUUGAAAGUAACAAAUAAAAAUAAUGAAAAGUUAUGUACACGUGGCAGGUAUAUCGUAAGUGAAACCAUGUUUAAAAUAUAUUUUACAUUAUCGCAUUGUUGUAAAGCAGUAGUCACAGGUUCUGUUUCCAGAAAGUCAAGAUCCGGAGCUAAAAAGAGGGCGUAAAGAGCGCAGUAGUUCCAUUAAAAAAAAAGUUCCGGCAAUACUAUUUCUUCAUUCUCAGUUCCCCUGGAGACGUAUUUAAUGUCAGUGAAGCAGCUCUCAUCGGCUGGCUUUUCUCAGCUUAGUACUCUUUCCGAUCAUGGAACGUGUUUUCGACGACUUUCUACCGCCGCCGGAGUGCCCUGUAUUCGAGCCUACCUGGGCCGAAUUCCGAGACCCGCUGGGCUACAUAGCGAAAAUCAGGCCCAUCGCAGAAAAAUCUGGCAUUUGCAAGAUUCGUCCUCCUGAGGACUGGCAACCUCCCUUUGCAGUAGAAGUUGACAAUUUCAGAUUUACUCCUCGCAUUCAGAGGCUAAAUGAACUAGAGGCCCAGACCACAGUGAAGCUGAACUAUCUGGAUCAGAUUGCAAAAUUCUGGGAAAUCCAAGGCUCUUCAUUAAAGAUUCCCAAUGUAGAGCGGAAGAUCUUGGACCUCUACAGCCUUAAUAAGGUUGUGACAGAGGAGGGUGGCUAUGAAGCCAUCUGUAAGGACCGUCGGUGGGCCCGAGUUGCCCAGCGCCUUAAUUACCCACAAGGCAAAAACAUUGGCUCCCUGCUACGAUCUCACUAUGAACACAUUAUUUACCCCUAUGAAAUGUUUCAGUCUGGAGCCAAUCUUGUGCAGUGUGACACACACCCAUUUGACACUGAAGAGAAAGACAAGGAAUACACACCUCACAGCAUUCCCCUCAGACAGUCUGUCCAGCCUUCAAAGUUUACUAGCUAUAGUCGACGGGCAAAAAGACUGCAGCCUGAUCCAGAGCCUACAGAGGAGGACAUUGAAAAGAAUCCAGAGCUAAAGAAACUACAGAUAUAUGGGGCAGGCCCCAAGAUGAUGGGCUUGGGCCUCAUGGCUAAGGACAAAACUUUGCGCAAGAAAGGGAAGGAAGAAUCAAGAGGAGAUGAAAAGGUGUCAUUAUCAUUGUCUAAAGAGGACAGCCUAGAGCCUUGUACCGAGAUGACCACGAGGCUGCAGAAGAAUCAUAGCUGUACCCAGUUUUUUAACUCAUAUGUUUGCCGAAUAUGCUCCCGAGAGGAGGAGGAUGAUAAGCUGCUUCUCUGUGAAGGUUGUAAUGACAAUUACCAUAUUUUCUGCUUAUUGCCACCCCUCCCUGAAAUUCCCAGAGGGUUAUGGAGGUGCCCGAAGUGUAUCCUUGCGGAGUGUAAGAGGCCUCCAGAAGCUUUUGGUUUUGAGCAGGCUACUCAGGAGUAUACUUUGCAGAGUUUUGGUGAGAUGGCUGAUUCCUUCAAGGCUGACUACUUCAACAUGCCUGUACAUAUGGUGCCUACAGAACUUGUUGAGAAGGAAUUCUGGAGGCUGGUCAGCAGCAUUGAGGAAGAUGUGACAGUUGAGUAUGGAGCAGAUAUUCAUUCCAAAGAAUUUGGUAGUGGUUUUCCUGUCAGCAGUAGCAAACAAAAUCUGUCGCCUGAAGAGAAGGUCUAUGCGAGCAGUGGUUGGAACCUGAAUGUGAUGCCAGUGCUGGAUCAGUCUGUUCUCUGCCACAUCAAUGCAGACAUUUCAGGCAUGAAAGUGCCCUGGCUUUAUGUGGGGAUGGUUUUCUCAGCAUUUUGUUGGCAUAUUGAGGACCAUUGGAGUUACUCCAUUAACUACCUGCAUUGGGGUGAGCCAAAAACCUGGUAUGGGGUACCCUCACUGGCAGCAGAACAUUUGGAGGAGGUAAUGAAGAUGCUAACACCUGAGCUGUUUGAAAGCCAGCCUGAUCUCUUACAUCAACUUGUCACUCUCAUGAAUCCCAACACCCUCAUGUCACAUGGUGUGCCUGUUGUGCGCACAAAUCAGUGUGCAGGGGAAUUUGUUAUCACUUUCCCUCGUGCUUACCACAGUGGUUUUAACCAAGGGUACAAUUUUGCUGAGGCUGUCAACUUUUGUACUGCUGAUUGGCUACCUGCUGGACGCCAGUGUAUUGAACACUACCGCCGACUGCGGCGCUAUUGUGUCUUCUCUCAUGAGGAACUUAUCUGCAAGAUGGCUGCCUUCCCUGAGAAGUUGGAUCUGAAUCUGGCAGUUGCUGUGCACAAGGAAAUGUUCAUUAUGGUACAGGAGGAACGACGUCUACGAAAAGCCUUGCUGGAGAAGGGCGUCACGGAGGCUGAACGAGAGGCUUUUGAGCUGCUCCCAGAUGAUGAACGUCAGUGCAUCAAGUGCAAGACCACAUGCUUCCUAUCAGCUUUGGCCUGCUAUGACUGUCCUGAUAGCCUUGUCUGCCUUUUCCACAUCAGUGACCUCUGCAAGUGUCCAAGUACCCGACAGUACCUGCGGUAUCGAUAUACCUUGGAUGAGCUACCUGCAAUGCUGCAUAAGCUAAAGGUUCGGGCUGAGUCUUUUGACACCUGGGCCAACAAAGUGCGAGUGGCCCUGGAGGUGGAGGAUGGUCAGAAGUGCAGCUUUGAAGAGUUAAAGGCAUUGAAGUCUGAGGUCCAUGAGGGAAAAUUUCCUAACCAUGAGCUGUUUCAGCGAUUGAAGAACUGCCUAAGUGAGGCAGAAGUUUAUAUCACCCAAAUCCUAGGUCUGGUCAGUGGCCAAGAGGCCAGGAUGAAAAUGCCGCAGGUCACCCUGACUCAGCUCCAGGUUCUUCUUGAGAAAAUCGACAGCCUUCCUUGUACUAUUCCUCAGAUUGAAGCUGUCAAGGAUGUCUUGGAACAGGUGAAGGCCUAUCAAGCUGAGGCUCGUGAGGCUCUAGCUUCAUUACAUUCUAGUGUAGGGCUACUGCAGUCCCUGUUAGAGAGGGGGCAGCAGUUAGGUGUGGAGGUGCCUGAAACACAUCAACUCCGGCAGCACAUCGAGCAAGUGCAGUGGCUAGAUGAAGUGAAACAAUCACUGGCCCCUGCAGCCCAAAGGGGCUCUUUGGUCAUCAUGCAGGGACUAUUGGUUAUGGGUGCCAAGAUAGCCUCCAGUCCUUCUGUGGAUAAGGUCCGGGCUGAGUUGCAAGAACUGCUGACAGUUGCAGAGUGUUGGGAAGAAAAGGCCCAUUUCUGCUUGAAAACCAGGGAAAAGCAUCCACCAUCCAUAUUGGAAGCCAUAAUUCAUGAAGCUGAAAACAUCCCUGUUCACUUGCCUAACAUUCAGGCACUCAAAGAAACUCUGAAUAAGGCACAGGCUUGGAUUGCUGAUGUGAAUGAGAUACAAAAUGGUGAUCACUACCCCUGCUUGGAUGAUUUGGAGGGCUUGGUGGCUGUGGGCCGGGACCUACCCGUGAGACUGGAGGAGCUGAGACAAUUAGAACAGCAGGUACUAACAGCACACUCCUGGAAGGAGAAGGCUUCCAAGACCUUCCUUAAGAAGAAUUCUUGCUACACACUGCUGGAGGUGCUCUGCCCAUGUGCAGACGCUGGCUCAGACAGCACCAAGCGUAGCCGGUGGAUGGAGAAGGAGCUGGGGUUGUACAAAUCUGACACAGAGCUGCUGGGGCUGUCUGCGCAGGACUUCAGGGACCCAGGCUCUGUGAUUUUGGCCUUCAAGGAGGGAGAACAGAAGGAGAUAAAAGGGAUCAUGCAGCUGCGUCGCAUCAACUCAGCCAAGGCCAGUCCAUUGGCAUCAUCAAGCACAGCCGCUUCUGCAGCCUCCAUCUGCGUGUGUGGGCAGGUGCCUGCUGGGGUGGGAGCUCUGCAGUGUGACCUGUGUCAGGACUGGUUCCAUGGGUGGUGUGUGUCGGUGCCCCGACUCCUUAACUCCCUGAGGCCCAGUCCCACCUCAUCCCCACUGCUGACUUGGUGGGAAUGGGACACCAAAUUCUUGUGUCCACUGUGCAUGCGCUCACGGCGCCCACGCCUGGAGACUAUCCUGGCAUUGCUGGUAGCCCUACAGAGACUGCCUGUGCGGCUACCGGAGGGUGAAGCCCUUCAGUGCCUCACAGAGAGAGCCAUCAACUGGCAAGGACGGGCCAGACAGGCUCUGGCCAAUGAGGAUGUGACUGCUCUGUUGGGACGGCUGGCUACACUUCGCCAACAUCUACAGGCUGAACCCAGGCCUGAGGAGCCCCCUACCUACCCUCCAGCCCCUGUCUCUGACCCUCUCAGAGAAGACAGUGGCCACAAUAUGCCUAAGGUCCAGGAUUUGUUAGAGAAGGGAUAUAGCAUGACUGGGCCUGAGAAGUUAGCUCCUGGGGAGGGAUCAAGUAAGAGAGAUCUGGAGCUGUUGUCCUCACUGUUGCCACAGUUGACGGGCCCUGUAUUAGAGUUACCUGAGGCAACUCGGGCCCCUUUGGAGGAGCUCAUGGUGGAAGGGGACCUGCUUGAAGUGACCUUGGAUGAAAACUACAGCAUCCAGCAGCUGUUGCAGGCUGGGCAGCCUCCAAACUUAGAGCGGAUCCGCACACUCCUGGAGCUAGAGAAGCUUGAGCAUCAAGGGAAUCGCACAAAGGGCCGGUCCUUGGAGAGGCGGCGGCGGCGGCGGCAGCAGCAGAAAGUGGGAUAGGAUAGGAAGGGAGAGGAUCUUAUUCCAGAAGAACUGGAGUCAAAAAGGGCCCGGAGCUCAGGGAUUAAGCUUGAGGAGGAAGCAGAUGGUGAAAAUGCAGUCUUGACACUCCCCAAGGAGCACAGAUCCAUCUUGAAAGGGAAUCAAAAUAGCUUACAGCAGAGAGAUUCAGUCCACUUAGCCUCAUUUCCUCCAACAACUUUGCUACACUUGUCCUACCCUUGUCAUCAAGAAUUGUGACAGCAUAAAAGGUUAUGUUUUUUGUUUUGUUUAUAUCAGUGUUUACUGCCUCCUGACUAAGAUGAGAUGUACAGAGGACUUUUUUCCCUAUACAGAAUUUGUCACUUCAAAGUUUCUUUAUCCUUUCUCCAAAAAAUAUUAUUUAAAAUUCACAUUCAAAGAAUAAUACUGUGUAUGUCUCUUGAAGCAGCGUUCCUGGGACUUAGCAUAUGGAAGUGAUUUCCUAUUCCUGCUUUGGUCUAGUCUGGAUACAUAGACAAAUAAAACUGAAGAAAGGAUAAAUAUAUCUAUUUCUUUUUUUCCCUUUUUUCUUGUACUCUUUUUUUCAUAUUUACCAAAAAAAAAAAAUGGUGCUUCAAGGCUUACCUUCAUUCUACCUCUUUUACUUUAUUCCCCUUGGUUCACUUUGUAAGAAGAGUAUACAUUGUAUGAUGUAAUUACUUGUUAAGACCAAAAAAUAGAGUAAAACAAGUUUUUGGUUCCACCUGUUGUCUAUUUUUAAAUUGAUUCUUUUUGUUAAGAAAUAAAACAAUGAGUAUGUUUUGAAACUAUGAAUCUGAUUUGUACUUCUUGGAAUACAGAAAUAAAAAAGUAAGACUGGAAAAAGACCCUGCAGUAUUGGAAAACAUAAUUUUUUAGUUUUUUUUUUUCUUUAA